AUGACGGCGACGGGGGGGGGUCCCGGCCCCGGUGUCCCCCGCCCGCCGGGCCGCGACGGAAGUGACGUCAGAGAAGCGCCCCAGGAGAGCGGGUGCCCGGAUCACGUGGGGAGCCUCGGUCACUGCGGCUCCCGGGCACGCAGGGCCCCCCCGCGCCCGCCCCGGGGACAGCGGCGACAGCGGCAGCGGCGGCAGCGGGGACAGCGGCGGGCGGUGAGCGGCCCCGGGACCCCACGGAACCCGGCCGCCCCCCUUUUCCGCCUCCUUCUGCCGGGGGGCCCCGGCGGAGCCCCCCGAGCCCGGCCGGGCGGGACGGCGUCUCUGGGCGCGCUGCUGCGCUGCUUCCCCUGCGAGCGGCUGUGCGGGGGCUGCGCGGUGCCCCCCGGGGCGCUGCCCCCGGCCAUGCCGCCCCCGGCCCGCCGCCGCCUGCCGCCGGCCGCCCGCCUGCCCCCGCGCACCUUCCGCAGCUACCUGCCGCGCUCGCACCGCACCUACAGCUGCGUGCACUGCCGGGCGCACCUGGCCCGCCACGAGGAGCUCAUCUCCAAGUCCUUCCAGGGCAGCCACGGCCGUGCCUACUUGUUCAACUCUGUGGUGAACGUGGGGUGCGGCCCGGCUGAGCAGCGGCUGCUGCUGACGGGGCUGCACUCGGUGGCCGACAUCUUCUGCCAGAGCUGCAAGACCACUCUGGGCUGGAAAUAUGAACAGGCGUUCGAGAGCAGCCAGAAAUACAAGGAGGGGAAGUUCAUCAUCGAGAUGUCGCACAUGGUGAAGGAGAACGGCUGGGACUGACGCGGGGGCGCAGCUGGGACUUGGGGGGCACCUGGGGGGCGCUGGGUGACCCCUCCUUGGCACCUUCCCCGUGCCCCCUGGGUGGC